GCGUCUCCUCGAGAGAAUAUAAACGUUGUAUGUUUUAAACUUUUGAUUUUUCUUUCAGGGGGUAAUUUAUUCUGAUCGUAAUUACUAAUGUGAAAAGAACACAUGUUUCGGAAAAUUGAACAGUCUUAGUUUGGCGUUUAUUUUCAUUCAUUAAUUCACAUUUCUCAAACUUUUCAGACCAUAUUUACGUAUUUGAUAUGCCAUGGAUAAUGAACGCAUGUUGGAAGGUCAUCAAGAAAGUGCUCCCUAAGGAAGCGACAGAUAGGGUUAAGUUUCUAUCCAUAACAUCUUUCACAGAUUUCUUUGAUCCAGAAGCACUUCCUCCACAUCUAGGUGGCACUUGCCUGAAAGAAUACAAACCGAUUCAGUACUCUGCUUUUAGUGGAGAAGAAUGUUUUAGUACCGUAAGAAAGGACUCCACAUCAGUUAUGAAUGAAGGAAGAGAAAAAAAGGCUUAACACCACCUAGUAUAUUAUAACACUUGGUAACAAAACAUUUUUGAGAGCAUUACAAAAAUAUAAUAAAACUUUUUUGUUGAGGGCUUUAAUUAGAUCCUAUGAUUUAUAUGGGUUUUUUUUUAAAUUACGUCUCUAAAAAGAUUUUAUCUUCUAUAGAAACCUAUACAUUUCUGUGCAAAUAUAUGAAUUUCGUAUAUGAACCUAUCACGAAUACUUUCAAUGGGUUUUUCUUGGUCCUCAAAGUUUUCUAAAUUGUGUCUUCUUGAUACCUGGUUAAUAUAAUAACGUGGAGUUUAUUCACCAUGUCUGUCGCAGUUAAUUAAUAUGAAUAAACUGUUUUCCAUUUACACAGUUGACCUUUUUGUAAAUAUCUGUAUUAUCAAAUCGGAAACAAAUAAAGUUAGAAUAUUUAAUAUUCA